AUGUCCUCGUCGAAUUACUAUCCCAGCUCGCCGCGGUUCGGGCCCCCGCAGUCGGCGCAACCGUACACCUCCAUCUUCGGAGGCGGCGACAGCAGCCAGGAUGACCUGGAACCUUACCCGGAGGAAGAUCUAGUUGAUGGCGGCGGAGGAGGAGGAGGAGGAGGAGGAGUGGGGGAAGAGUUCCUCGACACCAUCAUGGAGGAGGAUUCCCUGCAGGACGGGAAUGAUCUAUCGGAUGACUCUGAUUCUACCUACUUGGACAGUGGGAACGAGGAGUCCGAGGUGGAUGAGAGGAGCACGCGCCGGGGUCGCCGUGAGGAUGACGCGCACAAACGGCCUGUUGAUAGGACGACGACGACGAUGAUGACGACGGGCAUCGGGAGUAGUCCUCCGUCGAGUUCGGAGGGCGGAGGAUACGGGUAUCGGCCCAACCGCUUUCGAGGGCCCGAGUCGACUUGGCGGAAUCUUACGGCGGAGGAUCGGCAGAAUGCGCAGGCGUUGGUUGAUCUCCGGGCUAGGGAUCUUGCGGCGCAUUUGUAUAAUGCGUCUGCUUUGCGGAGGAGGGCCGUGGAGAUUGCGAGGAGGGUUACUGCUACGGCGGGUGGGCGUGGGAUCGGUGGUGAAGGGGUCGGGGGGCAGGAGGGCGAUGGGGAGGCAACGUUUGCGCCGCCGAAGAAGUGGACGGCGUGGCCCAUGCCUGCGGCUGAUGUGCCUCGGCCGGGCGAGUUCGUGCGGCGCGCGAUUGAUGAUGCGUGGACGCUGCGCCGGCAGCCCGAUCCACGGCCCAGUGCCGAGUUGGAGGAAUCGCUUAUGGCGGUUAUGCUGAGGACGGCCAAGGAGAGGUUCAAUGCGCGCCAGUGGGAGACGAGAGCUGCCGCUGGCGUCGGGGCGACUACGCCGCGUGGGAAGCGGAGAUCCUCCAUGUCGCAGCCCGGAACCCAGGAAGAGAGUGCCGGCGAUUGGGAAACGGAGAUGAAGCCCGUUGCUUUACGACCGGUCGUGCAGGCGGACGAUGAGAAGUCGCGCCGGCAAUUACGGCCGCUGACGAGGAACAUCCUCACGCAGUUCGACACGCUACUCAUGGGCCUCCACCGUGCCCGCCAGGGCGACCUCGCGCGAGACGACGAUAGCUCCGCCAGCGAAUGGCAGACUGAUACCGAGAGUGUGGUUUCGGGCUCGUCUUCCGUGCAGCAGAAAAGGAAGGGCAGUGAGAAGGAGCGGAGCCUAUCGCGAGGGAGAAAACGCACGCGACGCUCCUCCGUCAGAUCCGAGUCGAGCGGCCCGCGUUCGCGGAGUACUCGUGUCUCCAGUAGCCGAGCAUCCAGCGAGCGCAUCUCCUCCAAAGCCAGCUCGAGUCAGCGCUCGCUGUCGCGCGGGUCGUCGCAGCCCCGCGGCCGGUCACGCAGCAGCGACGGCCGACGGUCCGCCAGCCGGGUCCGACUGGGGCUCCGAGACUGGAGUGAAGUGCUCGGCAUUGCAUCGAUGACGGGGUUUCCUGCUACGGUGGUGAUGCGUGCGUCGCGGCGAUGCGCGGAUUUGUUUGGGGAGGACAUGGCGUUCCGCACGCUUCACGAAGGCACGGUUCGGCGAGUCGGGGCGGGGGACGGCAAUUCAGGGCCGUGGAACUAUGUCGAAAGCGAGUCCGAGCCUGAAUUUGAGGUUGGAUCUCAAGCCGAGCCUGAACCUGAACCUGAGUCUGUGCCAUUGUCCAGAGCAUCGUCAAAGAAACCACGCUCCCGGGCAACAUCCGUCAAAGGUGGCUCUAGAUCACGAGCGACGAGUGCCUCGGCGGAUGAUGCAGCCAGACCCAAGGGCAAAGGAGAGCACCGGAAGGCCGAUCUGGUUUGUCCCAUUCGGACUUGCGAUCGACACUUCAAUGGGUUCUCUCGGACGUGGAAUCUCAAUCAGCAUCUGAAGACAAUGCACCCUAGUUACCAGCCCCCGGUUUCUACAAGGAAGCCACCGGGUGCAAAGGGGUCGAGAACGAAGGACGGGCCUAGCGAUGUUUGA